CGCGCGCCUCUUCUUUUUCUUCCUCCGCUUGCCCACCUCUCUCGUUCUCUUUCUUUGCAUUCUUUUGUCUUUCUCGUCCUUCUUAUCAGAGUGGCACAUACUUGCACCCGCUACCACCUCGAUUCUUCUUUCUCCCUUUCUCCUGUCUCGACCGACCUCUUCCUCUUUUCUUCUCUACAACUCUCUCUCUGCUUUCACUCUUCGCCCGUGUAAGCGCUGCCAAAAGCACCAUCGACGGCUACCACAACACCCGCAACCCACGCUUGACGAGUUUCUGUUUGCACACACAACUUCGGAUUCUUGACUCUGCAAGUUGUUGAAAAUCAACCAUUACGGGCCUGCUGAACACUUCCUGUAUUAAAAAAGGCUUUGAACUUUGGAACGCAAAAAACUGAGUCUUGUUCGACUAGUCUCCGCUCAACCUGCGCUUCCCGUUGCAUUUUUUUAUCAUCAGCGUUGCGAUAUCGUCACUUCCCACGAAUGUCUUUAUAGGGCAUUUUUUGUUUGCAUUUUACGAUUGAGACGACUUUUCUUUACGAAGCUUUUACGAUCAGCAAACCUUGUUUUUCUGCAUUCAUAAAAAGACACGUCCAGAUUCACGCAGCACGCUCAGCAUCAAGAUUUUCCCCGCAUUAUUUCGACGCUGCCACCCACGACGCACUUGUUCCUGCACCGCCAUCUCGAUCCCAAGCUACCCAACCGUCUGUGCUUCUUCGAAUUCGCUCCGACUUCGAAGUCCACAUCUAGCCCUCGCAGUUUAUGAACGUCGAGAGACAGUCAUAUUACCCAUUACCUCCGAUAGGCAACGCCUACUCUUCGGCCAGCUCCUCGCCUAGAGUCGGUUCCACUGCCUCUUUUGCUGGGUCACAGUCUUCUUACACGUCCGUCGCUUCAUCCGUCGGCCCAAAGACUCCCUCCCCUCCCCUGCCCGGUAACGCAAUCACAGCGCCGGCCACAUCCAUUAUCAGCUACGACGCCAUGAAUCAGGGCGACAUGUACUACCCCCAGCACAUGUCUGCUGGGCAACCGCAGCCUCCCCAGACUGUCACCUCUGGCCUCGGUCACUACCAGCAGCAUCAGCCCCCCAUGCUGCCGUCGGCUCACACCCAAUAUAACGCUCCUUACCACUACGGUUACAACAAUGGCCUGACAUCCCCUGGCGCUGCUGCUCCUCCAGUUUCCAACGGAAUCCCCCAAAAUGUCCUGCCCCUUCCUGGUAGCCAGGGUCCUCUGUCCCAGGCCUACGCCACUGGUUUUGACACUACUGGCCAACAGCCUCCCGUGGGUGCUAAGCCCCGCGUUACUGCUACUCUGUGGGAAGAUGAAGGCAGUCUCUGCUUCCAGGUCGAGGCUCGCGGCAUCUGUGUUGCCCGCCGUGAAGAUAACCACAUGAUUAACGGCACCAAGCUGCUCAACGUCGCAGGUAUGACCCGUGGCCGCCGUGACGGCAUCUUGAAGAGCGAGAAGGUCCGCCACGUCGUAAAAAUAGGUCCGAUGCACUUGAAGGGUGUUUGGAUUCCCUACGAUCGCGCUUUGGAGUUUGCCAACAAGGAAAAGAUUACAGAGCUUCUGUAUCCUCUCUUUGUGAACAACAUUGGCGCCAUGCUCUACCAUCCCGCCAACCAGACCCGUACCAACCAGGUCAUGGCAGCCGCUGACCGCAGAAAGCAGGAGCAGCAGGGCGGCCAGACUCAGGUUCGCCCUCACCCAGUGACUGGCCUACCCUCCAUGCAGCAGCAGCCUCAGCAUGCCAUGGCUACUCUGCCCUCUCACAGCCCGCUUGGUCGCCCUAGCUUGGAACGUGCUCACACCUUCCCUACUCCUCCCACCAGCGCUUCUAGCGUCAUGGGAUCUGGUAUGCCUGCUUCGGAUAACUUUAACUGGCAGGGUCAGGGCAUGAACGGCCAGCAGGCAACCACUCCUCCCAGUGCCUCCAUGCAGAACAUGCCACCUUACGGCUCCAACGCCUCUGGCUACGAUGGCCAGCGCCAGAUGUACGGCAACCCCUCGUCGCAGCCCUCGCCGUAUCAAAAUGGCAACCAGGACCGCAUGUACGGUCAGCCUGGCCAGUAUCCCAAGAACGAGAUGGCCCCUCCCUCGGGCCGCCCAUCUAUUUCUGCACAGGGACAGGAGCAGGAUACUAAGCCCAUCAUGUCCCAGGAGCACUCCUCUCAGCCUCAUAACGGCGAAGAGGAAGGUGAGCAGGAGCACGAGGCCGAGUACACUCACGACAGCGGUUCCUACGACGCUGCCCGCACGCAGUACAACUAUGCUGCUCCUCCUGUUGCUGGCAUGCCCCACGAGGGCAACAUUCCCCCUGAGAUGACCGGCUCUCCCAACCACACCUCAACAUCUGGCCGUGCUACCCCCCGAACCGCGCCUCCUACUCAGCCGUACUACCAGAACCCUGGUUACAACACGCCACCCCGUGUCCAGCAGUCGGGCAACCUCUACAAUGUUGUCAGCGACAACCGUGCUCCUACCAAUGGAGUUGCUUCGGCCGACGGCUAUGCUCCUGCUGCGGACAUGAACGGAUCUAUGACCAACGGCUACGCCUCCCAGCAGCCCAGUCUUAACGGUUCUGUGAAGCGUGGACGUGACGAUGAGGAUGACAUGUCGCGUAACGGCGGUGACAUGGACCUCAAGAGACGCCGUAUGAUGGAGACGGCCGUCCCCGCUCCCAUCUAUGAUGCUAUGAACCGCUCUGCUCCGCCAGUGGCUGCUCCCCGCCGCGUAUAACGGCAGACUGAUGAGCACUCUGAGUCCGAAUUUUUUUCUUCACUGUUUCAUUCUUCUGUGCUGUCAAACAGCAGAAGCCCCGUCCCCGUUGUUUUGGUGAAAUCACGCAAUGAUUGAAUUACGACAUCUUUACAUCGCCAUUAGAAGAUACAUGUCUGACGAAUAACGCUUUUGCACCCGAGGCUUAAUUUCGGAAAGCCCUCGCUCUUUGACGCAUCUACAAACCUUUUUUGUAUUGUUUCAUUGUGUGAAACUCUUCCUUGUCUUUUCCUUACUUUCCGGUUACUUUUAUGGGGUAUCUUUAUUGUUUAUUUUUUGUUUUUUUUUUCCACAUGAAGAGGUUGAGAAAGGGGAAGAAAUGCAUUCUGCCUGUUACGAUCUCCAGGCGAACACCAAAAACUUUUUUCUACGAUUCAUGGACAGAUGCCGCAGACGACUCUCCGCGCACCUUGCCAAGGAGCCCCUUGCGUUUCCUUGAGUUGAAUUAUUAAUGCUGCUCCUUGGAGCUUGAGCAAUGUACUUGCAAACGAGGAAACGAAGGCUGAGUCCUAAUGACGACUUUUACGACUUGUUGCUGUUUUACUCUGUCCGAUUUUUAUAAUCCGCUCAUUCUUUGGAUAGCACCCAGAACACGGUGACGUGUUGGCCUGCCUAUUUCCUUGCUAGGUUACGAUUUAUGAAUGACAAAAGCUAUUUCCAAAGAAAAAACUCUAUGUGUC